GUCCCCCCAAGGCUUGGCAGCCACUUUCUGUCCCUGGGAACACUGUUAUUUUCUCUUUAACAGGGGAUCGGGUGAGGGCUGUUUAGAAGGGGGUGUGACCUCAGAGUGCCAGGUGGCUCUUUACUGAAUCCAGUCUGGAGAAGUGAGAUGAAAGGAGGGUAGGGAAGGGGCCAUUCUGAAAGAUACAUUCAGAGGAGAGAGGCCUCCAGUGCUGCCAGACGGCUGUGGGGAGACAGCACACAGGGACCUGAAAUCGGAACACUUUCCAAGGAGAACAGAGGGAAGCUGUGUGGGGAAUCAGAGUGACCUAGAUGGCAGCCAAGCAGACAGAACCUGUGACAAUCAUCAGCCUUCGGAAACUGAGCCAGGCAGCCCCAGAACCGCAGCAGAAAGAGACAAAGACAUUCACAGUGGAGGAUGCAGUGGAGACCAUCGGCUUCGGGCGCUUCCACAUUGCACUCUUCCUAAUCAUGGGCAGCACCGGGGUUGUGGAGGCCAUGGAGAUCAUGUUAAUAGCAGUUGUGUCUCCUGUCAUCCGCUGUGAAUGGCAACUGGAGAACUGGCAGGUGGCGUUUGUCACCACGAUGGUGUUUUUUGGCUACAUGGUAUCCAGCAUCCUCUUUGGUCUCUUGGCUGACAGAUAUGGCCGCUGGAAGAUAUUGCUGCUCUCAUUCCUGUGGGGAGCCUACUUCUCCUUACUGACCUCUUUCUCUCCCUCCUACAUCUGGUUUGUCUUUCUGCGGACAAUGGUAGGCUGCGGAGUGUCUGGCCAUGCACAAGGGUUAAUCAUAAAGACUGAAUUUUUGCCCACAAAAUACCGAGGCUACAUGCUGCCCUUGUCUCAGGUUUUCUGGCUUGCUGGCUCCCUGCUCAUCAUCAGCAUGGCCUCCGUGGUCAUCCCCACCAUUGGGUGGCGCUGGCUCAUCCGCAUUGCCUCCAUCCCUGGCAUCAUCCUCAUCAUGGCCUUCAAGUUCAUCCCUGAAUCUGCUCGCUUCAACGUCUCCACUGGGAACACGCAGGCUGCACUGGACACCCUAGAGAGCAUUGCCAAGAUGAACCGCUCAGUCAUGCCAGAGGGACGGCUGGUGGAGCCCAUUCUGGAGAAGAGAGGAAGAUUUGCAGAUCUACUAGAGUCUAAAUAUCUUCGGACCACAUUACAGAUCUGGAUCAUAUGGCUGGGGAUUUCUUUUGCCUAUUACGGGGUCAUCCUGGCCAGCGCUGAGUUACUUGAGCGGGAUCUGGUCUGCGGUUCAAAGUCGGAGUCAGAGCCAGAGGUGGUGGAGAACAUGGGGGACGCAGAGGAGGGCCGCAGUCCCUGCUAUUGCCACAUGUUUGCGCCCUCUGACUACAGGACCAUGAUCAUCAGCACCCUCGGGGAAAUCGCUUUGAACCCUUUAAAUAUCCUGGGCAUCAACUUCCUGGGCAGACGACUAAGCCUUUCCAUCACCAUGGGCUGCACGGCUUUGUUUUUCCUUCUCCUCAAUAUCUGCACUUCAAGUGCCGGCCUCAUUGGCUUCCUCUUCAUGCUGAGGGCCCUGGUGGCGGCGAACUUCAACACCAUCUACAUUUACACUGCUGAGGUCUACCCAACACCGAUGCGUGCUCUAGGGAUGGGGACCAGUGGCUCCCUCUGCCGCAUUGGAGCGAUGGUAGCUCCAUUUAUAUCCCAGGUCCUAAUGAGUGCCUCAUUCCUGGGAGCCCUAUGUCUUUUCUCCUCUGUCUGUGUUGUGUGUGCCAUUUCUGCAUUUACUCUUCCCAUUGAGACCAAAGGACGUGCUUUGCAGCAAAUUAAAUGAGGAGCUGCAAUACUAUGUGGAGAAAAGAGGGAUAUCCCACGAUGCACGUGCAGCUUUCCCGUAACAUGUAAUUACUUCCAUACUGUUUGCGGUAUACAAGUUCUAUUAGGAAAGACAUGCUGUGGAAGGGAAGCAUCUAAAGCAUCUGCAUCGAGAUUGUCUUUUACCGCUGUUCAGGCUUGCUAUGGAGGAGGCCCAUUACAGUUGCAGACCACUCGGCUGGCUGAGGAUCCCCACUACCCUCAACAGUGGAAAAAGACUGCAGUUGCAACCUCAAUGAAAUGCUGUGUUAGCAAACUGCAUAAAAGAGGCAUAACCUCUGUCCAAAGGGGGAGCAAGUAAUUCCUAUUUGAUCCGUUCUAUGAAUGGAUCAAAAUCAGCUUCUUAUAACGAAGGUGCAGUUAUUAACACAUUAGUAGUUUAAGGGAUGGGUUCCAGGGCACCUGGUGGGAACCAAACAUUCAUCUUACAGAAAAUGGCACAGUAUGUGUAUAUCCGUCAUCUCCAGAUUAUUGUAACAAUGCUAUGUAUAAAAUAACAAAGAUGUCUAUGUAUAUUUAGCAUGAAUACUUUUUCUUUUGGUUUUUUGAGACAGGGUUUGUGUUUAGCUCUGGCUAUACUGAAACUCCGUAGACCAGGCUAGCCUGAAACUCAAGAGAUCCAUCUGCCUCUGCCUCCCAAGUACUGGGAUUAAAGGUGAUUAACAACCCCCUCCCCCAAUUUAUCUGACUAGUUGAAUCCUGAAUUUGAAAUGCACAGCUCAGCCCAGCUUUAAGCCCAGAAUACACUAGGCAGAAGUAGGUGGAUCUGUGUUUAAAACCAGCCUAAUCUAGUCUACAUAGAGAGUUCUAGGACAGCCAUGGUACAUAGAACCAAAACCAAACCAAUAAUGCAUGAAUUUAAAAGACUAUAUUAUAGGCUUUGAAAGGUAUACACACGGGCUUUCUUACAAGCCUAAAAAUUUCUAAUUUCAAGCUAAGAGUUCACGUGAUUAAUCUGGCUAAUAGGCAAUCACCUUUAAGCCCAGUUGUUUUAGGCCUAAUAUAUUUGAUGGAAAACUAUGUUGGCUACAGUCGUGGGAACAAGACAUGCUACCUACUACAAGUCAUAAUUGAGAAUCUCGUAGCUGGUUCUCAGACAUUUAUUUAAAGACAAGGUUGAUGGCCCCUUCUCUUAAGAUUUCAGAUUGCUGGGUGUCUGUGAGAUACUCAGGCUUAGGAACUUCAUGGGGCUGCCUAGCACCGUCUAGCGCAUGGGCUUCUCAGACAACAGAGUCAAGUCUACAGCAAGCUAUUAGAAUAAUUUUAAUGGAAUCCUUGAUAACUCAGCUUUUCUACUACACAAAUUGCAAGCUGUUUGUGGAGAAGGUGGUAAAAACAAAUUACAACUUAUUUUUAAAAAAUCCUUUUUAUUGUCAAUUUCACAACAUGCACCCCAAUCAUCUAUCUACUACUCUCUCCAUAUCUGCCCUUGAGACCUCUUCUCCAAAAUAAAAACAUCUCAGCAUGGAA